AUGGGGAGGGGAAGAGUGGAACUCAAGAGGAUAGAGAACAAGAUAAACAGGCAAGUCACAUUUGCAAAGAGAAGAAAUGGGCUUCUGAAGAAAGCCUAUGAGCUCUCUAUUCUCUGCGAUGCUGAGGUUGCUCUCAUCAUCUUCUCUAACCGUGGCAAGCUCUAUGAAUUCUGUAGCAGCUCUAGUAGCAUACUCAAAACACUGGAAAGGUACCAGAAGUGCAGUUAUGGUCAAGUGGAAGUCAACAAACCUGCCAAGGAACUUGAGCAGAGCAGCUACCGCGAGUACUUGAAACUGAAAGGUCGAUAUGAGUCCCUACAACGAACUCAGAGAAACCUUCUUGGAGAAGAGUUGGGUCCCUUAAACACAAAGGAGCUUGAGCAGCUUGAGCGUCAACUUGAGUCCUCCUUGAAGCAAGUUAGGUCCACUAAGACUCAGUAUAUGCUGGACCAACUUUCUGACCUUCAAAAUAAGGAACAAAUGUUAAUAGAAGCAAACAGGGAUUUGUCAUUGAAGUUGGAUGACAUUAGUUCAAGAAACCAAAUUAGACAAUCAUGGGAAGGUGGAAACCAGGGGGGUAUGGCAUAUGGGACCCAGCAUGCUCAAUCUCAUGGGUUCUUCCAGCCCUUGGAUUGCAAUCCCACCUUGCAAAUAGGGUACUCUAAUGUGGGGUCAGAGCAGAUGAGUGCCACAACUCAUGCCCAACAAGUCAACGGUUUCAUCCCUGGAUGGAUGCUGUGA